CCCUGCUGUUGUUGCGUUUCUCACUCUCAUUCACUUCGUUCCCCUCCCCCCUCCCUCCCCCCACCUUUGGCCUUCUCAUCUCUCCAACACAGCCAUGGUCAGCUCAGAACCCACGCCCAAGAAACUGACAACCAUCGAGGACUACAAGACCUUCCUCGACAAGUUCGACACCUUCAUGCUCGACUGCGACGGUGUCCUUUGGCAUGGCAACAGAGUUCUCGAUGGCGUACUGGAUACCAUCAACUUUCUUCGUCAAAACGGCAAGAAACUCGUCUUUGUAACUAACAACAGCACACUCUCCCGGGCGAAUUACGUCAAGAAGUUCCAAAAACUCGGGAUCGAAGCUUCGGAGAAAGAUAUCUUCAGCUCUGCAUUCGCAACAGCGGUCUAUCUCAAGGAGAUCUUGAAGUUCCCGAGUGAUCAGAAAGUCUAUGUCAUUGGAGAGUCUGGGAUCGAGGACGAACUUCGGGAGGUCGGCAUCCAGGCCAUAGGAUUAACUGAGGAUAAUGGCACGAUGAUGAACCACUCGGACUUUGGCCAGAUCGAGCCGGACGCGACGAUUGGCGCAGUCGUCUGCGGAUUCGACCUGAACCUCAAUUACCGCAAGCUCGCCAAGGCCUUCAUGUACCUCAACAACAAGAAGCAGAACAUUCAUUUCAUCCUCACCAACGAUGACUCGACCUUCCCGGCUCCCAAUGGUAUCUUCCCUGGCACUGGGUCUUUGGCGCAGCCGUUGAUCCAUGCACUCAAGCGACAGCCCUUGGUCAUGGGCAAACCAAACAAGCCCAUGCUUGAUUGUUUCUUUUCAAAUUACCACACCGAUCCGGAGAGGACGUGCAUGGUCGGCGACCGACUCGAUACGGACAUUGAUUUCGGUCGCAACGGUAACAUUGCGACCCUCAUGGUCCUAACGGGUGUCAAUACCGAGGAAGAGGCCCUGGACCCCAACCAACCUAUCAAGCCCUCGUACAUCAUCCAAAGUUUCGGAGAUUUUGCUAAAGCCAAGGAUGCUUAGAGAUUGGAGGCGAAUAACAACUGGCACCAUAGAUUCUUACAAUCGCAAAUAGAGAUCAUUGUAGAG